CUCGGGGCGCACGGGACCCGGGACAUGCGGGGCGCGGGGAUGGAGCUGGCAAAGGCAGUGAACUCGGGGGCUCUGGACGAGCGAGCCCUGCAGCACAGAGGAUUGGGGAUCCUGAGGAUUCCUCUGCCUCCUUUUGCACCGGGAGGUGGUGUGUGUAUUUAGGGACUGGGAGAGGUGGGGCCGGAAGGAGAAGGACUGCAGCUGCAGGCCCAGGGUGACCCCGGCGAGGCCUCGCCCAGCUGCGCCAACCUGUUGCCGCCGCGGUGGCGCCUGGGGACUGGGGCUGCCUCCUCUCAGCCUGACGCUCACCCGCUGGGAAGAAGAGCCCCCCCAGCUCGCUGCAGACCUGGGUCCUGCCCAGGAAUCCAGGAAUCCGAGCUGUGAGGCCUCGCCCCUCUCGGUUCAGGUGGAUAUUUCUUUCUGGAAUGUGUUCAGAACAUUCCAUGCAGUCGGAUCGACACUCUCCACUUAUUGUCUGAACGGACACUUCACCACCCACCUUCUCUGAGGAGUCUCUACACCCUGACCAGAACUUUCCAUCGCCCACUUUAUCUGUGAUGGGAAUGAAGUACCGGCAAAACAUUGGGAGAAAAGAAAAAAAAAAGUUCUCCUUAUGCAUGUGUUGAUGUCGCACCAGAAACAUCUGGGAGGGCAAUCAGUGACCAGUCCUUCUACCCCUUCAUGGGCCAAAGCCCUCUCUCACUUCAGAAUCUGGACAGCAAUGCUGUUUGCCGAAGAGAAGACUUUUCAGCAUAUCCGCCAACAUCACAGCAAUUUUUGCACGAUCCAUGUUCUGGAGAUUCUGCCUGACCUGUAUUGCCUCACAACAAGUGACCAGGACCGGAUCCGGGCCCAUUUCAAUCAGUGGGGGAACAAGGACACACUCUGGGAAGUCUUCGAUCGCCUUCGGCGGCGACCGGGCUGGGUGGAAUGCUUCAUCAAGGCACUGAGGGCGUGUGAGCACACUGGCCUCGCUGACGAAAUCACCCGUGUCUACCAGCGCUACCUGCCCCGAACCUCUACUCAGCCUGUAGCCGCAGUGGAACCACCGUCAAAUCCUGCUGAGGCUCCAGGGCCCUCCACACUUGCUGUGGGCAGCAGCCCCUGCAACAGCAUCAGAGACGAGUCAGGUCACCCCAUACCUGUCCAGGACACCCAGCCACUACAGUCCCAGGAAGAGGAUUCAAAGAAAACUGCACUGACACACAGUUCUGGAGCUGACCUGAGGGAGUCAGGUGACCUUCUAGAGUCCUCUGACAUGGCAGCCCGCAGCUAUCUGCCGUCCAGUGGGCAGCAGGAUCAGGACACAGAAUCGGACAGUCCUGAAACAGGAGGCAUGGUCUCUAGCCCCACAUCAACCCGAGGACCUGUAUCUCCUUCAGUUUCCUUCCAACCCCUGGCCCGUUCCACCCCCAGGGCAAGCAAUGUGCUUGGACCCCCAAUGUCAUCUCAGUAUACUGGUUCUAACACUUCCUCUUCUAGUGGUUUUUCCCCUGCAGAGGGUCCUGAGGGCCAGGCUGAGGCUACCAUCUACUCCACUGGUCCAGGAGUGCCCACCAGCUCUGUGACCACUAGCACAAUGCCUUCUGAGGUGCCCACCAGCCCAGUGCCUUCUAAGGUGCCCACCAGCCCAGUGCCUUCUAAGGUGCCUACCAGCCCUGUGUCCACAAUCCCAGUGCCUUCUAAGGUGCCUACCAGCCCUGUGCCCACAAGCCCAGUGCCUUCUAAGGUGCCUACCAGCUCUGUGCCCACCAGCGCAGUACCUUCUAAGGUGCCUACUAGCCCUGUGCCUUCUAAGCUGCCCACCAGCUCUGUGGCCACCAGCACAGUGCCUUCCAGGGUGCCUGUUAGCUCGAAACCCCCUGCUACAGUGCCCACCAGUUUAGCACCAUCACGAUUGCCCAUCAACUUAACACGCGCUGGCACAGCACCACCGAGAACUCCUGCUGGCUUGGUGCCUGAGCACAAGAUGCCAACAAGUCCAAUCAGGAACAGCAGCAGGUCAGCAGAGGAGACUCCAACAUCUCCAGUGCCCCCAGUUGCUGCUGCUGGAGGCAGCUCUGCCUGGCCAAAAAGCAGCCCUGACAAGUGGAGCUCAGAGCGGGAGCUGAGCAAGCCCGGCAGGCUGGUAUCCCAACCAGACAGCCAGUACUCUGGCACCUCUGAGGACCUUGCCAUUAGCUACAGCCGUUCCGUGGGUACAGGCCGGGAUAAUGCUCCAGAGGAAAAUGAGUACCAGUCAGUAGAGACCAUCAGGAUCAACAUAACUGAGAGCCCCAGCCUAGAUCUCCUCGAGAACAACCCAGACUUGUACACUGCUCCGAAGCUCGAGGAGAAACUCCCUGAAGAGAAGUUAACUGUCACCUCUAGGAGCUCCAUAAAUUCCUGGGGCUUCUGGUUCAGUGCCACUGCAGUCGCUACAGCAGGGGUACUCCUGGCUGUGCUACUGAUAAAGUACAGGCGGCGCCUGCUCCAGUGAAAUCUCCACAGUCCUUCCUAGCAUGCUUAGCUCUUUGCACUGCGGGACACCCAGCCCAAGCUCGCGACUGGGUUGUGCCACUCGUCAGGUUCCUUUGGAGGGACUGGUCAGAGGGGACCCUGGAGCCACUGCCUGAUGGAGGGAGUUCCAGGACCCAGUUAAGUCCUGGAGCAAAGCAUUUCUGUUUGGCUCUACCCUCCAUGGUGUUCUCAUCACCCUCAGCUAUUUGGACUCUGGGCUGCCCUUGCUUUCCCAGCCUUGCCACUCUGGCAAUCUGGGCUGCCAUCUGUCCUUGUCCUCAGGAGAAGGUGCUCCCGUCCUAGUUCUUCUCCCUCUUUGCUCACACCCAUGAAUCAGGAAGUGCUGCUGCAGAGCCUGGAGGUCAGCAUUGUCCCCUCAUCGCCCCCUGGUCUCCAGUAACCUACAGCUGUCAUGCUGAGUGAGGGACUCCACAGGACCUCCUUCCAGCCCUCAAUAACCUGGCCUGAGGCCUUGCCUGGAAGCCUGGUUGCUGUCCUGACUACUUAAGCUAUGAUGACCUUAACGCCCUCCCUUGCCAGCCAGUGUGUGUAUGUGGUGGGAUAUCCUGCGGUUCCCCCUGCCUCUCAGCCUGAGGCCACUGCUAGUUCUGAAGCCACCUCCUUCACCUGCUUCUCCUCUUCCUCCCUUCUGGGCUCCAUGCUCUUCAGCUUCCUGUGGGGUCCAGGAGGAGGCACCUGCAGGGGAGAGCCCAGGCUAAGAUUGCAGCUCUGCCCCCUCUUGGGCCUUGUGACCUUGGCAGAUGACCAGGCUUCUCUGGUCUCACUUCCCCAUAUGGACUGACUGUGAGUGUCAUGACUCAUCCUUCACUGGACUCUUCUGAGGUGGCAGCAUUCAGCUGUUUAUCAAGUGUCUGACCUGGAGUGAACGACCACAAAUACUUCUACUGCCUCUCCCCUGCCCAGUGUGGGAGAGGUGAGGGCAUGAGAGGCAGAGUGCCCAGUGGGAAAGGGGGCACCUCUGCAGUGGAGGAUGGCUAUGGUCUCACUCUGCUUUGUCUCUCACCAGCUCUGUGCUCUUGGUCAAGAUAUUAACCACUUGUGCCUCCGUUUUCUCACCUGUGACAUGAUAACUAGUAAACAUGUGUAUCUGCUAGGGUUGAUGUGAACAUUAAAUGUAUUUCUUUCUGAA